AUGAUCUUCUCCCUGAGGCCAAACGUGCUCAGACAAUCCGUGCAGAUACCCUCUAGAAGAUUACUUGCAACCACGAGUGCACAAACCGCUUCUGCUACACAGUCACCACCACCUUCCCCCUCAUCAACGUCCCCAGCCUCAUCUUCAUCCUCUCAAGCCCCUCUAACGCACUACAAAAUAACACUACAACGCUCUGCCAUCUCCCUCGCUCCACGUAUGAAAGCGACACUUGUCUCGCUGGGGAUUCAUAGACGUUUACAGACCGUUUUCCAUCCUCAUAAUCCUAUCAAUGCCGGCAAGAUUCUGCGGGUGAAGGAGUUGGUCCAUGUAGAGAACGUAUCCGCCGAUGAGGUUAGGACGAAAACGGAACAGAGAAGAGAGAGAAGACCUGCGAGAGGAUAUGUUCGUGUGGCUUCGAAGUUGGGUGAGAGCAUCUGA